AUUAUGGCGUUAUGAGUGUCUGUGUAGUUUAGUUUUGAGGAGUCUUGAAUUUUUCGUGUUUUUUAAUUAAUUCACUGUCCCUAUGCUAAAUUUCUUAGUUAUUUUUUAACAUCUAUUCAGUUCGCUUCCACAUUUUUCUUCCACACAUUACAAACUUCCAAAACAAUGUCCUGAAAUUCCACGCUUCAGACCACCAGGAUUUUUUUAAAGCUUCCCUCAGUUGAACUUCCCAAAUAUGACAUCAUUCAUGUCGAAGAAAAAGAAAUACAAGUUUCAAGUGGAAAUAUGUCUGGAAGAGUUACUGGAAGUACCGUUUGUGUCAGCGGUGUUUUUUGCCAAGUUGAGACUUUUAGAUGGCGGGAAUUUUUUGGAUUACAGUAGCAGACAAGAAGUUAGAGAUCACAAAGUGAGUUGGGAGGCGAAAUUUUCGUUUCCAUGCAAAAUGAUGGCUAAUGCUUCAACUGGGGUAAUGGAAAAGUGCAUUGUAAGAAUCUCCAUCAGGAAAGAGUCUAAAGGAGGGAGAAGUUUCACUAAAUUGGGUUUUGUGGACCUAAAUUUGGCAGAAUACGCUGGAGCGGGUUUGAUUCAUAAAAAGGCCUUACUGGAAGGAUAUGAUGCAAGGCAUAGGCAGGAUAAUAGUAUGCUCAAAUUCCGUAUACAGCUCAAUAUGAUUUCGGGAGAUAUUGUAUUCAAAGCGCCCUGCCCAUCACUGAAACACAAACAAAUCCCAAUGGAUGAAACCUCCAACGAUCAACGCUCCGACGAAUUUUCCAGCGGCUCCUUGGCGGGUUCCAUAAACAGCGGCAGCUCCGGUUUCGGUAGUUUACCCAAAAAACGAACUCCCCUACCUUCAGAACUCGUUAUUGGCCAAACCCUAACCGAAUCAGGCUUGAAAACGACUACAACAACACCCCAAGAAAAUUCCAACGAUUCAGUUCCAACUGAACAACUCAGCGAACCCAGUAUUGGUACUCUACAAGAGCAAGGACACAGUAGGAAUUCGUCGAAUACAAGUCAAAUGUCCAAAGGGUCUGGAUAUAGUAGUAUAUCGCAUAGUAGGCAGAGUAGCAGUGGAGAUUCAACAGCUGGACAUAUCAGGAACGCAUUGCAGCACGAUUCGCUUCGCAGGCCCAUCUCCACCAAAUUCCAUCGGACCUACACUUUUCCCAAACACAGACUGAAUAUUCCUACAACUAUUCAUUCUGAGUCUCCUAUACUUAGUCCUAAUAAUAAUAAUUCUGAAGCUUUUUAUACACCUGAAUCCGCUCCAAUUCUUAAUGGCAAUUCUGAGGUAUUUUUUACACCUGAAAGUGAUUUUUUAACUCCACAAAAGCAAGACUUAGAUGAAGUUUUUGAAACUCCAAAUGGUUGUUAUACCAAAACUAACAUCUUUGACAAAAAUUUCAAUGCUUUACAAAAAAGUGCUUCUAGUAGCGUGGUGGAACGCAUCAAAACCGAUUUUAAUUUGAGGCAAAGAAAAACCUCAGAAGAACCAAAAAACACAACCCUCAAGCCUCCAGUAGAGGGUGUGCUCCGUUCCAAAAGCGACUUUAUCAUUCCCAAACUGUCUCCUUUGCCUCCUCGCUCGGAACGCACCAUUUCCAACAUAAUCGCCUCGUUUAUCACGCCCCGCUUGCCUCGCAAAGGUAUCGCCGCCCAAUCCACCCCGAAUCCUUUGUCCCGGCAAGAUUCCAGUAGGGCCGUGUCGAUGGGCAAUUUGAAAUUGGGCAACGAAGGCAACAGCGUGGCGAUUUGCAGCAGAAAUCCAAGUUCUGGCAGUCUGCAAACGACCAAUAGCGACACUGGGUCCCUAGAUAGAGCAAAAGCCGCCUACGAACGUCGAAAAAAGUUGCCGAACAGUACCGAAGAGACUUCAGGCGUUUCGGGGCGUGUAGAAAUUACCAGGAUAAAUCCUGAGGAUUUUAUAGCUGAUUUAUUAAAAGAUACCAAUUUGGAACAGCAUGAUGAUUCGGCUGAAACUUCAGGAUUACAGUUGUUUAUAGCUAAAGAUGGCACUGCGUCUCUAGGAAAUCACGAAGUAAAAUCUCAAAUGUCCACCGGUAUAAAUAGUUUCAAACAAGUGGUUAUGGAUAAUAGGUAGUCUUAAAUUUUUUAUAAUUGGCCCAGCCAGGCAAUUUAUGUGAUAUAGGUUUUAUGUCUUGCUAGUUCUUUGGAAUGUUAACAUGGCUACAAAUUUUUGUAUACUAAAACCUACUACUGUGUGUUAUUUUUAGGCAAGAAAUGGUUUACUAGGUAACAAGCCUGUUACUUUUAAAAUAUAAAGUAUAUUGUUGCCAAUUAUUGUGAUAUAAACAUCUUUAUGUAUAAAAUAAAUAGUGCAGCCGAUUGGGUUCUGCUGGUUGAUAUACAUACAUAGUAAUUCUAUGUAUUCAUAUCUAGGCCCAAAAUAUCACCUGUUCAACUAAGACAAUAUUUAUUUAUUUGUAGCUCUAAGUUAGGAGGGGUAUUUCCAAUAUUAUUUAUUCAGCCUAAAAUGUAAAAUAUUAAUUUAAGGAUGGAGAAUAUUGAUAAAUAAGACAAUUUUUAUUUGUAAUUUUUUUUUUUUUUUAAAUUCUCAAAAUGUCCAACUCUUCGGGAGUGAGGUGAAGACGUAGCUGUUUCUCUAUGAUUAAGUCUUGAAUUUGAGCCAACUCUGCCGGAAUGUAAAUGGCUGCAUCCAUAUAAAGAGC